AUGAAGAAGAAAACAUCAGGAAGAGUGUCAUGGGCAUCACAGAGUAGGCUUUGUCAGGUAAAGAUGUUUCUAACUGAAGAUUGUCCCGCUAAAGUUUCAUCAUCCAAUCUUCUUCCUCCUGGAUUUGAAACUACUGUGUUUCCAUCCACGCGUAACAACAACAUUCCUCGUAUCAAAUGGAAACGCCCCCCUAAGUUUAUCAUCAGUGAUGCUUUGCUUGUCGGGAGUGGUGGUGACAGCACCGAAACUCUUUCUGAGAACUUGAGGAUUUCUAAAGUCUUGGAAGCUUUCUAUCCCCAUCGCUCUGUCAUCCCUACUCGUCCUUCCGUCUCACCCGCUGUAGCAGAAGCACACUACGACGACAGCACUACUCCUAGUAUCCCUCUCGCUUUCAUUGAAGACGAACCUCAGCCUCCUUUACAAUCUUCUCAUGAUUUCAAUGCUGUUUCUCUACUUGGACCACAGUUGAGUCUCGCUGCUUCUGCAGCUUUGUCUUCGUUAACCAAGGAACAGGGCUCUCAGGUCGAUGCUCAUUUACUUGUCAAGUUACUCAGUGACCCCAUUAUCGUCCACAACUUGUUGAAUGGUAAACCACUUGACACUGCAAAUCAUGUUACGACUCUAAACACUGACAUCGCCAUGGACUCAAACCCACCUCCUCUACAUAAUGUACCUGUUUCGGUUCAAUCCUGUGCUACAGAUCCCCCACUCCCCAAACCCACUCUGCCCAUUUCCACUGCUCUGUCAAUAAAACCCACCCUGGUUGUUCAUUCCUAUCCAUUGUCUUCUGGGAUCAAACCAUUGCCAAGACUCGAAGAUUCUUACACAGCUGCUGCUCCCUUGAAACCACCAAGCCCAGUUGAUAAUGCUCUAGUCUCGGAACAAAACAAACAACCCCUUAACAUGUCGUCCACUUGGGACAUGAACAGGGUACCAGAAUCAGCGCAAACUGAAACAGCUCCUCAAAACCGUAAUGGUAAUACAAACCGGGAUGAUCAGGUGUCUUCUGCAGAACCCGUGAAAAAUGUAGACUACUACAAGAGCCUCAUUAGGGAACAUGGGGUAGUCAGUCCGGCAACAAAUGAAAAUAACAAUUACAAAGGUAGAGUUGAUGAUAACAUGAAAGUCGUAAAGGUUAAUAAGAUUCAGAAACCGUGCAUGUUCUUUAACAGACCCAAAGGGUGUAGGCUGGGCGAGAGUUGCUUGUAUCUUCACGACCGCUCUAAAAGGUCGUGGACUGAUGUUGCCCCUCACUUUCCCAGAGCUAAGAGGCUCAAGUUUGGUUCGUAA